UAUCAGUUGGAUUUCAACAUUUUUCUAUGGUUAUUACAUAAACCGUAUCCACUUAUUGAUUUUACAACAAAUUUUUCUCUUUUUUUUAGAACAUGACAUGGAAGUGGACAAGUCGUGGUUUUUCUCUCUAUAACAAACAGAAUUAUGGUUUGGCAGAGCGGUGUGCAACGAUUGCCAUGCAUUUCCGUGCGUUCACUCCCCUGGUUUCCAUGGCUAGAGCACAGCCUUUUCUAUGCAGAGCCUUAACGAGGUAUGAAGUAGGAAAUAUUACUGGAGCACAAGCGGACAUCAAUGAAAUCAAACGCCUGGAUACACACUUGGCCAGGACUUCCGCUGAUAUGCAAAAAGACUUGGCCAUAGAAGAGUUCAAGAAGCAGAACUAUGAAAGAUCAUUAAGGUUGUUCGGCGUAGCUCUCUUGCUUCACCCGGAAGAUGAUUCUUAUGCGAAUUUUAAACGUUCUGUUGAGAGUCAUCGGGCGGCUGUAUACUUUAGCAUGAAACAGUACGAGCUGGCGCUUCAACUUGGAGAGGAAUUCUACAGGUUAAAUCCCUACACAUCAAAGGAAGAGGCAGGAAGAUGGAAGGAACGAGGAAAUCGUCUUUCCAAAGACUCAAAUUCCGUGGAUCUAGCGAUCGCUUACUAUACACUUGCGCUGAGCUUCACGGCUUCAAACGAAAAGGACCUAAAAGCAACCAUUCUUUCAAAUCGAUCAUUAAUGUACAAAAAGACAGGCAGAGGUGAUUUAGCUCUCAAGGAUGCUGAACUGUGCGUUGAUAACAAUCCUAAAUGGGCAAAGGCACAAUACCGCCUAGGUUCUUGUCUGUUUGCCCUGGAAAAAUACAGUGAAGCAAUGGAGUCGUGCUCGAGAUCUCUACAGUUAUUACUUGAAAACACAGCCAGUAAAGAAAAAGAACAAGAGGAUGUUUUAAACAAACUUUUGUCAGUGGCUUUAGAAUUGCCAGGUAACUUUAUAACAAGUCGUGAUUUCUGAUUCCAUCAUGUCAUUAAUGGCUUAGUCACACGUAUCAAAAUUGUAAUAAUUAGCAAAAAUAUAUCUAUAAUAUAUCGUUUUCACGCAACGUCAUCAAAAUUCUAAAUUUAAGGUAAUUCCCCUGAAAAAA